AUGUUCGACAUCAAUUGGCGGGGCCUCCUGCUCCCGCUGGCCUACCUGGCCGUCUUGGCUGGCACAUUUGUCACAUUCUCAACAGUCUACCGGAGGAGGAAAGCUCUCCAAAGCGCCAACCUUGCGCCAUGGUUCGGCCCGCAUCUCCAACGCAACAUCUACCUCUCUCUUCUGCACAUGGAACCUGAGGAGGGCUCAGAGAAGGCACCUAAGAUCCCAGACAGCGUCAUCAGAGCUGCGCUUUUGCGCCGCGCCGUGGAGGAUAUCAACCGCAUCAUUCAAAUUAGAACAGCGAAAGCGGCCUGCAGCUCUCUCCUGCAGCGCGGAAGUGUGGGCGAUGACUUGUGGCAAAGGUUCCAGCGCGCCGAGAAGGAGAUGGAGGACGAGCUUCGUGAUGUGGUGAUGGAGGCCAAUGCUCUUGUACCAGGAUGGGGCCAAAUCAUCUUCCAGUCCGCCAACGAAAUUGCCGCCAACAAGGUCCUCCGCGACAGACUCGACGAGAUCGAGGUCCAAGCCGACAAGGAGAAGGAAUGGUGGGAGAAGCGCCGUGCCACCAUUCAGACCGAGUUCAUGAAGGAGCUGGACACCGAGUCGGAAAAGUCCAACACCAGACCCAGCACUAGCAGUGCUGAUGAGCCUGUGCUCGUAGACGGACCCUCGACCCCGCAAGGGGGCCCCAGAAAGAGGAAAGGCAAGAAAUAG